AUGACAGACAUAAAUAAUAAAAAUAAUAAUAGUGAUCAUUCUAUAACAGUCAUUGAAGAUGAAGCAUCUAUAAUUAAAACUCUUAUGGUUACAAGAGGUGAUCUCGAAAAGGAGCUUGAGUCUUUAAUGAACUUCCUAAAGAGUGGCGAUGGUAAAACUUUUGGAUUAAAAGGAUCAUUCACUGAUUCUGAAGGUUAUCCUUCUCCACAUUUAGAAUUAAUUAUUGAAGUUAAAAAAGCAAGAAGUAGAAUUGCACAUAUCCAAAAUGAUUAUAAACAAGUAAUGAAAGAUAUUGAAUUUCAUUUAGAAAAGUUACAUAAAUCACCAACAAAUAAAAAUCAAUCUUCUUCAACUUUUUCAAUAAAUAAUACAACAUCAACAAGUAAUAAUAAUAAUAAUAAUAAUGAGGAUGAAAUGAAAAUUGAUAAACCAUUAACAGUGGAAACAGAAACAAAACCAAAACCAAUUGAAGUUGAAGUUGAAAAAGUUGGUAUUCCAUUUGUAUAUAUUGAUUUAGUUUCAGAAGGAUCACCAUCUGAUAAAGCAAAUUUGAAAAAGGGUGAUUUAAUUUUCCAAUUCGGUACAGUUGGCCCAUUUUUUGAAGAGAGACAAGUUGGUGAUAAUUUAAAUUCAAACCAUCUUCAAUCAAUUGCUACCAUAGUACGUAAUAGUGAAAACAAAGCAAUCCAAAUAAAAUUAUCAAGAGGUACUUCAAUUAUUUCAACUUCAUUAAUUCCUCGUAAAUGGAGUGGUCAAGGAUUAAUUGGUUGCUUAAUUAAACCAAUAUAG